GCAUAGAGCCGUAUUAAAAAUUGUAUAAAUUUUUACUAAAAUUACAGCAUUUCCAUUGAAAAUAUUGUUAAAAACGGCCAAAUCAUAGAAAACAAUGAAUUUGCUAGCAUCAAUACAUUAAAUGUGUUAUUUUUAGUGUUUUUUUAUACGGAAAAAGUUAAAAAACGAACAAGAGAAAAAAGAUUCCAUAAUUUUUUUUAUUGCUGAUUUUUUUCGUAUUACAUUUUAAUGCUGCUUUCGUAGCUGUCGUCAAGAUAAGGCAGUUGAUAUUUUUUUGCUGCUGCUGCUCUUGUUUUUUCUUAACGUGUGUGUUUUAUUUUUUCGCACCACGCCGUUUUGGAGUUAUACCCGGUUUUUUUCUUCUUCUGCGAGCGAUUUCAUCUUGUGGAUGAAAUAAAAAAUAUAAAUAUUUUUUUUCAAAACCAGAAAAAGAGUGGGAAAUUGACCAAAGUGUGUAAAGCAGGAGUGUUGUUUUUGUUAAUAGAAAAAAAAGUGGGGCUAAAAGUACAACAAAUAUUAAAAUUUUGUAAUUAAUGAAAAAUGAAAUAAUUAGAGCACAGAUAUAAAGGGAAUGAAUGGUGUGUAGUGUUUGUAGCUGCAUAAAAACACAUUUUUUUCCCCUAGACACGAAAAAGUUUUCCAAUAUUUGUUUUAUAAUUUGUUUCUUGAAAAUCAAACGUCCGUCGUUCAUAAAUUAAGGGUGACAAAAUGAUGUUCACGGGCACCACACAACAACAGGACACUCGCUUCAGCGACAAAGAAAAGAAACUUAUGAAACAAAUGAAAUUUGGUGAUUGUCUCAACAAACGUGUCGACAUGUCCAAAGUCAAAUUGGAUGUGUUGAGGCCAUGGAUCAGUAAGAAAAUUACCGAUAUGUUGCACAUGGAAGAUGAUGUGGUGGCUGAGUUUGUGUACAAUCAAUUGGAAGAGGAGAAAUUUCCUUGUCCGAAGAAAAUGCAAAUAAAUAUGACAGGAUUUUUGAAUGGUCCUAAUGCCCGACAAUUUAUGGGUGAGUUAUGGGCGCUCUUGUUGUCCGCGCAAGAUAGUGAGACGGGCAUACCGGCCGAGUUUAUACAACAGAAGAAAGAUGAAAUUCUCAAAAGAGAAGAAGAGAUCAAGCAUCGAGAUAGAAAUGAUAGAUCAAGAUCUAGAUCUAGGUCCCGCUCUCGUUCCCGAGAUAGAGGUGAGAGACGCACUGGCGGUGGUAAUACAGGUGCUAGUGGUGGUGGUGGCAAAGAGCGUGAUUUAACACAAAAAGAACGUGAACAACAGUUACCGCCCAGCACUCUCAGCGCCAUUGAACAGGUGCGUUCCCAUCUGUCGGCUAAAAAUCGUUCGAAUUCGGAUGAAAAUCGCAAUUCGACUAAGGAUGAGGAUAAAAAUACCAAUAAUGUGGAAAAUCAGUCAACAAAACGCGAUAAAUCUAGAUCGAAAUCCCGAGAUAAUCAUGUGGACAAAAAUAGAUCACCACGUAAACGUUCUAGGGAUAGAUCAGCUCAAAAGGAACGUUCUUCGCGUGAUCGCAGCUCGCCUCAACGGCGACGUAAUGGUUCCAGGGAAAAAGAACGUAGACGCAGCUCAAGAUCACCGCGACGUCGUUCUCCCGAUCGCAGGCGACGAAGAUCACGUUCUAGAGAUCGCAGUGCACGUCGCCAGAAGUCACGUUCUAAGACGCCUCAAAAACGUAAAGAUAAUUCGCGCAGCCGUAAUCGCAAGUCGCGCACUCGCUCUCCAGAGAAACGCAAACCAAGUCCGCCUCCACCCAAACCGGCUUCUCCUAAACGCAAUCGUUCCGAAUCGCGAGAUUCGAAUCCGGCACAAAAUGGCCAUGAGAAAAAGGGCUCCGCUUCUAAGAAUCCCCGUAAUCCGUUUGCUGGCAAAAAUAAACGCUCCUCUUCCCGCAGCCGCAGUAGGGUCACAUCACCGGCCGCCCGGAAACCCAAACCCCGUUCACCGCCUCGUUCUUCACGUUCACGUUCUCGCACGCAUUCGUCUGCACGUUCCAGCUCCAAGCGCAAUAACAAACGUACACCCUCACGUUCAGCUAGUCUGUCCCUUUCGCCCGAACCACCCCAGGAAGGUUUCGAAUUGAAGCGUAAUAAGAAUAGUAUACAAAACAAACGUCAAUAUCGCAAUAAUAGAGACUCUUCGGCCAGUUCUUUGGAUAGAGAUGGUGGCAGAGGUGGUGGUGGUGGCGGCCGAAGGGGUGAUUCCCGUAGCCGUGGCAGAGGUUUUAUGCAUAAUCGUAAUCGAAGAUCACCCGGCAGAUUUGAUGACCGAGGUGGUGGCGGUCCACGUCAACAACGUUCGAGGUCUAGAAGAAGAUCUCGAUCACGACCACGUUCAUUUUCACGUAAUCGCUCACGUUCACCUAGAAGAUUCAAUCGACGCCGUUCACCUUUACAAUUCCGAGGCAAUAAUCGCAACAAUCGUGGACGCAUGAAUCACUGGAAUCGCAGAAGUCAAAGUCGCGAUCGUGGAGGCGGCGGUGGUGGUAACAGAGGCAUGAUGGGUGGCAAUCGUUUUGACAAUCGCCGCAACAUGUCACCCCAACGACGCUUUUCACGAGAAAGACGUUUUUCGCCGGUGCAAAAUCAAUUUCGUAAAUAUUCACCCCAAUGGCGUGGUUCACCACCCAGACGAUCCCGCGAGCGCCGACUUAAUUCACGGGAACGACGUCCGUCUUCACCUUUGCGUGGCUCAUCACCGGAACGUGGGGGAGGUGGAGGUGCAGGACGUGGUGGUGGUGCUGCUGGUGGUGGUGCAGGCGCUUUCAACCGUUGGGAUCAAUCACAAAGAAAUGCUGCGGCACCCGUCAAUAAACCAAAGCAACGUUCGCCUUCGCCCGGUUCCAAUUGGGAGGACGAGUCGGAUGGUGAGAAUGUGAAAAAGAACGUGAGUAAUCGUCGCAGCAGUGAGAAUAGGAAACCCUCUCCACCACCGUCCAUCAAAGACAAGGGACGUAAAAAUCGCAGCCUUAGCAGAUCCCAAGAGCGUUAUAAGAGAGUUGCUAAUCGUUCGAGGGAAAGUGGUGGCCGCUCUUCGGUGGAGUACUGUGCCCCUGCUGUAAAAACUAUCGAUCUCUCCCGAGAUGAACUAGAGGAAGCCGGACGCAAACAUUCUAAAUCAGAAUCCAUACAACCCGCAGAAACUAAAACCAAGAAGUUAUCAGCGGUACCAACAACUGCAUCCAGUGGACGUAGAGAUCUUUAUAGUGUUAGUUUAUCUAGGACCCCCUCUCCAUUCCUUAAGCCCCAUGAGCGCAAACAAGCAGAAAAUCAAGCCUCAGGCAAGGAGAAAAAGUCAUUGACUAAAAAACGACAAGACAGUGAUUCAAGUUCCUCGGAUAGUUCAGAUGACAGCGACGACAGUGAAGAUGAGGACAGCACGGAAGAAGAGGAACGUGAAAGAGUACGACGCGAAAAAGAGAAAGCCAAAGCUAAAGAGGAUUUGAAGAAAACACAAGCUGCAUUGGCCACCAAAAAGUCUGAUAAAAUUGAGAAAACCGAAAAGGCUAAUGCUACCAAACCACAGCAGCGCAAGCCACAACAGACCUCAUCUAGUGAAAGUGACUCCGAUGACUCUGAGGAUGAGAAACAAAGAAGGAAAAAGUCUGUGACGAAAACUUCUGCUCCUACUAAAACCAAUAAUAAGGAAAGAAAACUAUCAGCUCUCAGUGUAGAAGAGGAGCAGCAGCGCAAGCGUGACAAACUCUCAGUGGAGGUGACAGAAAAACGCAAACAUGUGGAAGCUAGAGAAUCUACCAACACAACCACUAGUACCCAAUCAUCCUCUGCUAAACGUUCUAAAACUAGUGCUGAAAAACAAGUAACUACCACUUCAUCAUCCACGUCGUCAGCUGCCAAAAAAUCUAGCAGCUCAAAAUCAGAACACAAGAAACCAACAAAAUCUGACUCAGACACAGAUGAGGGCGCCGUCGCAAUGUACGCCAACAAAUUGGAAAUGGAGACAAAAGCCUCAAAACUGCAGGCCCGCAAACGCACGCAUUCGGCCACGAAUAAUGAGCGUAAAAAGUCUAAAAACGAUUCUUCUGAUACGGAUGAACAUGCCGCCGCCAAAAAGAAACGUAAGAAGUCAAAGAAAUCCUCUUCGAAGCGGAAUUCAGAUGAUGAGUCGUCCAGCGAUUCGGAUGAUGAAUCGAGCAAAAAGAAAAAACACAAGAAACACAAAAAACAUAGUAGCAAAAAGAAUAAAAAACACAAGAAACACAAGAAGAAGAACAAAAAGGCUGACAGCUCAUCCAGCAGUGAUGAUGAAACGGUAACCGACACUCACCGCAAAGAGGAAAAGUCCUCCGGUAAAGUCUCCAAUACGGCAUCAAUGUUGUUGGGCGGUGUUAAUGAGGAUCUAGAAAAACAAUUAAGGGAAAGAGCUCUUAAAUCUAUGAAGAAAAUGGAUUAAUUGGAAAGGAUAUAAAAAAACCCGACUUCAGUUAUUUCCUUUGUUGCGGCGAUUUGUUCGAUUUUUACACAUUUUUAUAUAGACAUCAAACUAACCAGCCAAUCAAUCACCACAAGUUGAAAGAAACUCAACUACUGCUUUUAAACUCCUGUUUAUUUUAGUUUACCAUUCAUUCUCCCUGUCCACAUUUAUCCCUAACAAACACAUGACUGCUGUGUUUGUGGUUUUUCUUUUUUUUUUUUAAAUAGUAUUUAGUGUGUGGCUUUUUAUAUUAUCAAGCUGUCGUUGAAACUAUUUUAUUAUUAGCUCUUUUAAAACAGACAUGUAUUCUUGCAGCAUCCUUUCAAGAGUACUCACUCGUAUUUUCAUUAUACAUACAUACUUCUCAAACAAAGUAUAACUUUUUUUUACAAAAAAAUAAAAAUAUAUAAAAAAUCUAACAAAAAAAAAAAACAUUUAUAUAAAAAAGAAAGAUAUAUAAACAAAACCUAUUAAGAUUUUUUUGUCCAUUCUAUUUUUUCUCUUUAGUUUUUAAUUUAUAAGUAGUUUCAUAACUUAAUUAAAAAACAAACAAACAAAAUCAUCUUUAUAUUAAACAAAACAAAAAAUAAUUAUUAAAACAAAAAAAAUUAUAAAUUAAUACAUAUAGAAUUCAAAAUAUGUAUUUAUCUACCCCAAGUUUGAGCGUAUACAUUUUAAGAAGAGUUUAAUUAAAAUUUAACAGAACAUAAAAUAAUAAAACAAACAAAUAUGUGAGAGUAAAAACAAAAAUAUUUGAAAAAAAAAAUACAAUUCUAAGAAGAAUUAAUAAAAAUUUAAAAAGAAAA